AUGAAGCUAAACAUCAUCCUCUCCGUCUACAUCCACCUCUUGGCCGCUUCCGCAGCUCUGAUAUGCGAAUACUGCUUCUGUUUUGAGGACGCUGCAAAUAUCGGCCUCCCAAUCCUGACCACCAAGGGAGCAUGCGAUAGCUUUCAGACCUUAACGGGAUGCGAAACGAAAUUGGUCCUUUGCCUUGAUGGCAUCGCUUCGGAGAAAAAUGCCACCGACAUCCAGUUUUCAGGGCAGAGAGAACGUUCUAAGACGUCUAUAGACACGGUUUUUGGACGUUCAGGAUUUCCUCACGAAAGGGGCGGGGAAAGACCAAAAAUUCAGGCUGUCAUGAAUCAAGUCCCUACUCUCGUCUGCGUUUCCCUCAAGUCUCGGUUCGGUAGGCACAUCCUCGUAGAUGUCCUAGAAGGGAAGCGGUAG